UUCCAACAUCUGUAGGCCACCCCCUUCAUUCUCUUCUGCACCUUUUCUCAGUCUCACUUGGCGUCUCUCUCUCUCUCUCUCUCCCUCACACAAGUCUCUCUCUUGUGGUGUCACAACGUUUCUUCUCUCUCAUUUGCCUCUCUCUCAUUCAUCUCUCUCUUUGAAACCCUGACCAUCAAAGAAAAAAACGUGUUCACUCUCUCUCUCUCUCUAGCCAAGACUGUUUUUGUUUCUUGGAUCAGAUCUCUAGCCAAGACUUCAACACGACCUUUUGGAAGUGAAAGCCAUGGGCUGCAGUAUCUCCCUACCAAAUCCACUUGACAACCACCACCACAAAGCUACUAGUACUACUACCACCAUCACCACCGCCACCGCCACCGCCACCACCGCAAACAAUGACGACUACCAAGUUGGAGAUUCUGCACUCACUAACAUGAUUGGUCGAGAUCUUACUUUCAUGAAAGAGGCCAUGGUAGAGGUUCAGAAGUAUGUAGAUCAUAUGAAUGUGCAAAUCAACCAGGCCUGUGAGAAAUUUGAGCUCAAAACAAGAGGAGGGAGUGAUACACAAGAACUUGGCGAAUUGAAAAAGGCCGUAAAGAAGUUGAAAUCCCAGAUUCCCUUAAAGCUUAUUAAAGUCCAAUACGAUGAUUAUUCCAAACCACGUCGGAAUCCAUGGUUUGAUGGAUCCAUUAACAGUAGCACCAGCAACUACCAAGUCGAUGAAAACAAGGCCGGUGAUUUGUACAGCUUGUACAAGGACCCAAAGUUUGAUCACACCUCUGCAUUUCAACAUGUCGAUGUAUCUUUCCAUCGCCUCCCCGUGAAACUACAAUAUUGUUUGGAAUUUUUCUUGAUGUUCCCAGCAAUGGUUACUAUAAAGAAAAGGCUUAUGAUUUACUGGUGGAUUGGAGAGGGACUUGUACCCACAAUCUCAAUCGACCGAAAGACAGAAGAAGAAAUUGCGGUGACGAAGACAGCAGAGGAUUGUGGCAACGAGUUGUUGGAUGAGCUUACUGCAAAGGGCUUCAUCGAGCCUAUCUACAAAAAUUCUGUCUUGGUUGUGGAUAGCUACAGGAUGCGCCCUUUCAUUCAUUCGACUUUAAAGAAGUUUUACUUUAGACCAGUGUGGACUAUGGAUUCGGAUACUCGAUUUGUUACUGAAUAUGCUCGGUAUGAGCAUCCAUGCUUCCUCAAUGUUGGUGAGGCUAUUAUUAAUGACAGGUUUGAACGGUUUUCGGAGUUCACCCAUUUCAAAAUUGUUUACUUGGGAAGGUGGCAGAACUCAGUCACGCAUCACAUUGAAGUCGCAGACAUCAAAAUUCUCAAUGCAUUGAAGAAUAUGAAACAGUUGCAGUUUCUUAGCCUUCGAGGAAUUUCUUUAAUUACAGAGCUUCCCCAAUUCAUUUCAGAAAUGACUACUCUCAAGGUCCUAGAUCUUAGAUCCUGUCACAAUCUUGAGGUGGUUCCAGAUUGGAUUGGUUUACUUAAGAGUUUGACACACUUGGACAUAUCAAAGUGUUACUUUUUAGAUCACAUGCCUAAGGGACUUGGUUCGCUAUUAGAACUCCAAGUACUUAAGGGAUUUAUAAUUGGAGAUUCCGAUGACAAACACUCAUGUACUAUCGAUGAUUUGACAAAAUUGUCAAAGUUGAGAAAAUUGAGCCUACACACCAAUAUGAAAGAAUUCCCAACAAGUAAGCAGCUCCGUCAUUUACAAAGAUUAAAAACUUUGCAGAAGUUAAAAAUAUCCUGGCUAGGAUGCAUAUUACAAGGCAAAAGAGACGACACAUCUAAGCAAGCACAACCACAACCACAGCCACAACCACGUGCCAAUCUAACAAGAGCACUAACAGGAUCGUUCACCGAGCAGCAUGAUUUGGAACUUCCUAUCCAGACGGAACUUCCUUCCUCAUUGCAAAAACUAGAGCUUGAGUGUUUCCCUGAAAUGGUUACACCCAAUUGGUUGUUGUCUGGCAAUCUGAAGAACUUGAAGAAACUCCACAUUAGAGGAGGACAAUUGUGUCAUCUAGACCAAAUAGCAACUACCACAAUUGAGAUGUUGCAAUUGAAGUACUUGAGUGACUUCCAGAUGCCUUGGAUGGACCUUAGGAGAUUAUUUCCCAAUUUGAUCUACUUCGAGAAAGUAGAAUGUCCCGCUCUCAUUUCUUUCCCGUGUGAUGAGAAUGGUGUUUGGAUGAACAGAGCAAACACACAAAAUCAAGAAAUGGCAUCAUGAGUUUGUGGUAAGUUCUACCAUUUCACUAUAUGACAAAUUGAUGUCUUUAGAGGUAGUAGUAAUUGCCUUCACUCAUGAAAGACUAGCUACUAAUUCAUUUGUUGAAUCAAAUGUAUGUCAUGGCUUCAAGGUCAUUCAUCAAGGCUUCUUUACGAAUUUUCAAGAAAGUUUUAUUUGGUAUUAAAAAUAUAUAUAUAGCGUUUCUUGUAUGCUA